GGGUCCCGCGGGGAGCCCCCGCCCACACGCUAUGCCUUAAAUUGGGCCAGGCUGAGGCGCUGCUGCUCGAGCGGCCGAUCCGAGACGUGGCUCCCUGGGCGGAAGAACCAUGUUGGACUUCGCGAUCUUCGCCGUUACCUUCUUGCUGGCGUUGGUGGGAGCGGUGCUUUACCUCUAUCCGGCUUCCAGACAAGCUGCAGGAAUUCCAGGGAUUACUCCAACUGAAGAAAAAGAUGGUAAUCUUCCAGAUAUUGUGAAUAGUGGAAGUUUGCAUGAGUUCCUGGUUAAUUUGCAUGAGAGAUAUGGGCCUGUGGUCUCCUUCUGGUUUGGCAGGCGCCUCGUGGUUAGUUUGGGCGCUGUUGAUGUACUGAAGCAGCAUAUCAAUCCCAAUAAGACAUCGGACCCUUUUGAAACCAUGCUGAAGUCAUUAUUAAGGUAUCAAUCUGAUGGUGGCAGUGUGAGUGAAAACCACAUGAGGAAAAAAUUGUAUGAAAAUGGUGUGACUGAUUCUCUGAAGAGUAACUUUGCCCUCCUCCUAAAGGCUGGAGUGCACUGGCGGGAUCUCGGCUCACUGCAAGCUCCGCCUCCCGGGUUCACGCCAUUCUCCUGCCUCAGCCUCCUUUCAGAAGAAUUAUUAGAUAAAUGGCUCUCCUACCCAGAGACCCAGCACGUGCCCCUCAGCCAGCAUAUGCUUGGUUUUGCUAUGAAGUCUGUUACACAGAUGGUAAUGGGUAGUACAUUUGAAGAUGAUCAGGAAGUCAUUCGCUUCCAGAAGAAUCAUGGCACAGUUUGGUCUGAGAUUGGAAAAGGCUUUCUAGAUGGGUCACUUGAUAAAAAUACGACUCGGAAAAAACAAUAUGAAGAUGCCCUCAUGCAACUGGAGUCUGUUUUAAGGAACAUCAUAAAAGAACGAAAAGGGAGGAACUUCAGUCAACAUAUUUUCAUUGACUCCUUAGUACAAGGGAACCUUAAUGACCAACAGAUCCUAGAAGACAGUAUGAUAUUUUCUCUGGCCAGUUGCAUAAUAACUGCAAAAUUGUGUACCUGGGCAAUCUGUUUUUUAACCACCUCUGAAGAAGUUCAAAAAAAAUUAUAUGAAGAGAUAAACCAAGUUUUUGGAAAUGGUCCUGUUACUCCAGAGAAAAUUGAGCAGCUCAGAUAUUGUCAGCAUGUGCUUUGUGAAACUGUUCGAACUGCCAAACUGACUCCAGUUUCUGCCCAGCUUCAAGAUAUUGAAGGAAAAAUUGACCAAUUUAUUAUUCCUAGAGAGACCCUCGUCCUUUAUGCCCUUGGUGUGGUACUUCAGGAUCCUAAUACUUGGCCAUCUCCACACAAGUUUGAUCCAGAUCGGUUUGAUGAUGAAUUAGUAAUGAAAACUUUUUCCUCACUUGGAUUCUCAGGCACACAGGAGUGUCCAGAGUUGAGGUUUGCAUAUAUGGUGACCACAGUACUUCUUAGUGUAUUGGUGAAGAGACUGCACCUACUUUCUGUGGAGGGACAAGUUAUUGAAACAAAGUAUGAGCUGGUAACAUCAUCAAGGGAAGAAGCUUGGAUCACUGUCUCAAAGAGAUAUUAAAAUUUUAUACAUUUAAAAUCAUUGUUAAAUUGAUUGAGGAAAACAACCAUUUUAAAAAAAUCUAUGUUGAAUCCUUUUAUAAACCAGUAUCACUUUGUAAUAUAAACACCUAUUUGUACUUAA